AUGCUGCGUUCUUCUGUUAUACAGAGUCGGCAGAUACUGUCGUCUUCGGUUCGUCAACGGCCAACCCCCCAAUGGCUGUCCAGAGCCGGAGCAAGUAGCCGGCUAGCAGGUCAGCGAUUUUUUGCUGAUUCGAAGCCUCCCACGCCUGUUACCCCUUCUUCCGACACUGCAGUUCCCCCCGAAACCGGCGCGAAACAGAACUCAGAUGCAGAUGCUCCUAAAAACCAAACCCCUGCUCCGGUUCGCAAGACUGGUCGCUUCCGACGAUUCCUAAUCUACCUUAUCCUUACGUCCGGUUUGGCCUAUGGCGGAGGUGUCUUUCUAGCACUAAAAUCCGACAACUUCCACGACUUCUUCACGGAAUACGUCCCCUAUGGCGAAGAGUCCGUACUCUACUUUGAGGAACGUGAUUUCUACCGUCGUUUCCCGAAUACCCUGAGAAAUCAGAACCGCCUGCCCAACCCUCGGGAUGAAGGCAGCAGGGUCACUAUCCCAAGCAAGAGUGGGUUCUAUUCUAAAGAAGUCGAGCAAUCGGGAACCGAUGUAUCUCAGCCAGGUCCUCACAUGAGUGCUGUCAACAAAGAAAAAGCUGAUGAGGCAGCAAUCAAGCCCGCCGCAGCGAAGCCUGAAGACAAGUCGGCCAAGGUCAAGGAAGUUAAGAAGCAAGCUCCGAGUGAACCCGAAAAGCCAAAGCAGGAACCCAAGCAGUCCUCCUCAUCCCCAAUCACAACGCUCGAGUUUGCUAAAGUCAGCGAGGGAGAUGAGCCGAUUGUUCAAGAGCUUGUCAAGACGUUCAACGACAUCAUCACCGUGAUUAGCGCUGACGCGGACUCGGCUAAAUAUUCCAGGCCUGUAGCCAAGGCCAAGGAAGAGCUCCAAAAGAUUGGUGAACAGAUUCUAGGAGUCCGGGAUGAGGCACGCCGCGCUGCCCAAGAGGAAAUUGAGAAGGUCCACGCUACUUUCGAUGAAUCUGCUCGCGAACUCAUCCGCCGCUUCGACGACGUCCGUACGAACGACGCUGCUCAGUACCGCGAAGAGUUCGAAGCCGAACGCGAGAAGCUUGCGCUCGCAUACCAGCAAAAAGUCCAAACCGAAUUGCAGAGAGCUCAGGAGAUCGCAGAACAGCGCCUUCAGAAUGAACUUGUGGAGCAGGCAAUUGAACUUAACCGCAAGUAUCUGCAUGAGGUGAAGGAUCUAGUCGAACGGGAGCGAGAGGGUCGCCUUGGCAAGCUAUCUGAGCUCACUACCAGUGUUGCUGAACUCGAGAAACUCACCACGGGAUGGAGGGAGGUGAUUGAUACCAAUCUCAAGACCCAACAACUUCAAGUCGCUGUGGACGCUGUCAGAUCUGCUCUUGAGCGCUCAACUGUUCCUCGACCGUUUGUGCGCGAAUUGGUUGCUGUUAAGGAGCUCGCGGGAGAAGACCCAGUUGUCGAAGCGGCUAUUGCAUCCAUCAACCCCACAGCUUACCAGCGUGGUAUCCCCUCAACAUCCCAAAUCAUUGAACGCUUCCGUCGGGUCGCCGACGAAGUCCGUAAGGCCAGCCUGCUUCCUGAGGACGCUGGAAUUGCAAGCCACGCAGCGAGCAUUGUCCUGAGCAAGGUGAUGUUCAAGAAGGAUGCCGCCGCUGGAAGUGACGACGUUGAAAGUGUUCUCCUACGCACGGAGAACCUCUUGGAAGAAGGCAACCUAGAUGAUGCCGCGCGUGAGAUGAACGCCCUGAAGGGGUGGGCCAAGAUCCUGAGCAAGGAUUGGCUCGCGGAUGUGCGCCGGGUUUUAGAGGUGAACCAGGCUCUAGAAGUGAUUGAAACUGAGGCGCGCCUUCAGUGUCUAAGGGUGGAGUAG